CCCUCAAUCCAGGCCAGAAUUGGUCUGAAGAAACACACAAAAGAAAAACAAAGAAAAUCUAGAGAGAGAGAGAGAGAGAGAGAGAGAGGAGAGAUGGAAGCCAUGGGUGGGUGGUGUUGUAGUAGCAGUAGCAGAGGAGUUCCACUAAUCAAUACCUCACCCAAGAAAGGAAGCAGCAAAUUGUCAAGAAAAGGACACUCUGUCUAUCUCCCAACCCUUCUUGUUAAAUCUAUGGCCACCCAGAAGCCAGCUAUUCCUUCACCCACAAAAACUGUUGCCUCUGCAAAGAAUCCUCCGGUUUUCCCGCUUGGUGAAAAAGGCCCAAGAAACAGCUACUCUGCCAGCACGACACCGGUCAAACUCCUAACAAGGGUGGAGCAAUUGAGACUCCUAACCAAAGCUGAGAAAGCUGGUCUCCUAUCGGCAGCCGAGAAGUUUGGACUAUCCCUCUCCACCAUAGAGAAACUUGGCCUCCUCUCCAAGGCUGAAGGGCUCGGAGUCCUUUCAGCGGCAACAGACCCCGGAACUCCAACAACCCUCCUGAGCCUGAGCCUAGCAUUGCUGGUGUUGGGCCCUGCUUGUGUGUAUUUGGUCCCGGAGGAGUACCCUUGGGAAGUUGCGUUGCAAGUUGUCGUUGCCCUAGUUUCCGUGGUCGGUGGAUCGGCUGCUUUUGCAGCUUCAAAUUUUGUAUCAAACUUGCAGAAAUCAUAUUGAACUCGCGAAUCCAGACACCAUGUACUACAUAGGAUUAUGGGUCUUUGAUUCCCCCCCAUCCUUUUUCAUAUUAUUAUCAAAGAAAAUAAGUACAAAUGAGUUGUUUUUGGAUGUGAUCAGUCAUCGGACAAGAGAGAGAAUAGAAAGAUCCAUUAAAACACA